UAACGAGUUACCAUUUGCAGUACGGUAUUUUGUAUCGUCAAAAAAAUACAAUUAGUGAUAUUUAUGGAAGCUUUCAUGAUAUAAUUCAUGGUACAUUGUGUUACUUUUUGAAAUUGAUUCUCAUUAUGGCUUUUCAACGCCACUAUUUUAAAGCAGUAGAAGGAAUAUGACUACAAGAAACGCCACAUAAUAUUAUUAUCCAAUUUUGAUACGUGGAAUACCUAAAUGAUUUCAAUAAUCCGGCACUGUCAACAAUGAUUUGCUUUUCCCUGCCAGGACCCGUCACGCUCCAUUCAAGCCCCCAACUUUGGCGAGAAUGUUGAGUUGAAACGAUUCAGAACGUCGAGAUGGAGCCCAACUCACCCAAGUGGGUCGGUUCUCCUUGUGGAUUGCACGGUCCUUACAUUUUCUACAAGGCUUUUCAGUACCAGCAUGCAGGGAAACCAAGAAUUUUGUCCCUUGGCGACUUUUUCUUUGUACGUUGUAAGCCAGAGGAUCCUAUAUGCCUAGCGGAGCUUCAGUUGUUAUGGGAAGAGAAGACAAGCAAGCAACUUUUAUCCAGCUCCAAACUUUAUUUUCUUCCUGAGCAUACCCCCCAAGGCAGGACAAUUGACCACGGAGAGGAUGAAGUUAUUGCAGCUUCAGAAAAGGUAAUUGUAAAGGUAGAUGACUUAAUAAAAUGGACCAAGUCAGACUUCUCUAAAUGGAAACGGGGUCUCAGGGCUGUACCACUGAAGCUGCCAGUUCAGAAGGAGCUGGUGAAGAAUGGAGAGAGAGAAACCUUGCAAAAAUACAGGCAGUCAACAUGCAACAGUGGUCUGAACUUCAAAGACGUGCUGAAGGAAAAAGCUGAUCUUGGGGAAGACAAUGAGAACAACGUGAUCAUUCUAAGUUACCCACAGUACUGCCGCUAUCGUGCCAUGGUAAAACGUAUUCAGGACAAACCUUCUUCUUUCCUAACAGACCAGUUUGUACUGGCAUUAGGAGGCAUUGCUGUUAUUAAUGAUAAAACUCAAAUUUUGUACUGUCGUGAGACAUUUGACCAUCCAACUUUGAUUGAGAAUGAAAGCAUUUGUGAAGAAUUUGCACCAAAUCUUAAAGGGCGACCUCGUAAGAAGAAACCAUGUUCACAGAGAAGAGAGUCACAUGUUCUCAAUGGUACUAAAGAGCCCAUCAGUACUUCCGAAGGGAAGGUUGUUGCGAAGGUAAAAUGUGAACCCAAACAGACUCUUGCCAAAUCCAAAAAUAACAACAGCAAUUGUAAAAAAGUUACAGCAGAAGAUAAUUCAAAGGCUGGAGAAGCAGAGGAGUGCGGAGCAGAUGAGCAGGCUUUCCUUGUUGCACUUUAUAAAUACAUGAAAGAAAGGAAAACACCCAUUGAAAGGAUACCAUAUCUGGGCUUUAAGCAAAUUAACCUUUGGACUAUGUUUCAAGCUGCUCAAAACCUGGGAGGAUAUGACACAAUAACAGCACGCCGACAGUGGAAGAAUAUUUAUGAUGAGUUAGGGGGAAACCCAGGCAGUACAAGUGCAGCAACAUGUACUCGUAGACAUUAUGAAAGACUAAUCCUGCCAUAUGAGAGAUUUAUUAAAGGAGAAGAAGAUAAACCACUACCUCCCGUGAAACCACGAAAACAGGAGAAUAAUUCCCAGGAGGGUGAAAGUAAAAUGAAGCUGUCGGGAACAAAGCGCAACAAAAAUGAGAAUCACAAAGGAAAGAAAGAAAAAGAAAAUGUUCCAAAAGCUGAUGACAGUUGUGGGGUUUCAUCUGUUAAGGAGAAUGAAAAAGAUUCAACUGACCAGAAAGGUUUGGUUGAGAUUAAAACCACAGAAGCAGAAAACACAGAAGCACUGGUACAGCAUUCAUCUCCUGUGGGUCUAAAAAGUCCUAAGGCUUCUGUAAAAGUGGAAUCUAAAGAUAUUCAUUUAUGUAAUGAUAAACUUAUUGAGGAAUCUGACCAACCAGUUGGUCCUUCAAGUCCAGUAGCAUCAACUGAUGAUACCAUUGCAUCUGGUUCCCCAGUAAUGCCAUCAAGUACGCCUGUGGAAGACAUUUCUAACAUAAAGCUUGAGCAGCAGCUGCAUACUACCAUCAAGUCAGAGAGUGAGCUUCUAGACUCAUCUCAGAGUGAAUUUCCUGAAGCACACACACAACCACUAUGUCAAAGUGCACAAGACCAGAAAAGUGAAGAAAUUUCAGAACCCAUUACUAACAGCUUUAAUAAGGAUGACCUGUCAACAGCAGAAGAUGUUAAGGGUAACAUGGAGAAAGACGUAUUAGAGAAAGAUCUGAACAAUUCUGCAGAUAUUUUGGGUAAUUCUUUGGAGUCAGUAAAAGAAAAAGAUUUGACAUCUUCUGCUAGAGAUGAUUCUAGUCUGACAUAUGCACCUGUUCUCUACUCAAGAGGCAAUCCGGGCAUAAUGUCACCCCUAGCAAAAAAGAAACUUUUGUCACAAGUUAGUGGAGUAAACAUCUCUAACACUUAUCCAUAUGGCACCCCACCACCACUAAUUAGCAAGAAGAAGUCUCUGAGCACUGUGGAAGACAUGAAUACUCCAGGUGUAAGUGUCCCACAUUCUUCUCCCACUGAAACAUUGCUUGUUAUUAGACCUUCAGUAAUACAACAUGCACAUAGCUUUAAAUCAAAACAUUUAGAAGACAAAAAGAAUGCAGGUGAACUUUUUAUGCAUGAUGACUGUAAAGAUCUCCAGCCUUGUGAUUUCUCUAAGAAUCACUUUAAUUCACUUGCUGAUAAAUAUGGUACUAAAUGUGAGACUCAGGAGUGCAAAGAAAGAUCACCAGAGAAGAGAGCAGUGCAGCCUUUACAGACUCAUGGUUUUAUGGCUGACUUUUACUCUUCCCCUCAUUUACAUAGUCUUUACAGGCAUACUGAGCAUCACCUUAGUAAUGAACAGGCAUCAAAAUAUAUCACACGGGAUCUAAUGUUUAGAGAACCAGAAAAUAGUCACUCAUUUUCUCAAAACAAACUUCAGGAGAAGUGUAGUGUGAACUACUGCAAAGCUUUGCAUCAACAUGAAAAGAGGACUGCAGCUGAAAGCUCUUCAGAUGAUCAACCAACAGACCUGAGUCUUCCAAAGUGCACUCAGAAGCAAUCAAUAAAACCACUACCAUCUAGUCAUCCACAGACAUCAGUACAGCAAGAUGGAAAAAACAUUCCCCACUUUCAAUCAAUGGCAAGUAAAACACCCAGCAGUGACUGUAAUCCAAAGGCGUGUCGUGUAACUCCAAUUACAGUAGCUGUACCACAAAAGAUUGCUGAAACAAAUCAUAGAGGUUCUGGAAAAUCUCAUAGUCUGAGACCUGAGGACAACUCUUUGAGAAAGAUAGAAGGAAUGGUCCGUCCUGUAGUAAACAGCAAAAGUAGCCCUCAAAACAUUGGUGCUGCAAGACCUCUAAAGCGAAAUCUUGAAGACAAUGACAGUGUUUCUCCAGAGAAGAAAGUUAGAGCAGUUUCUCCUUUACAUUUUACUAAAGAGGCCACUUUGAAAGAAAAAGGUUCAGAUGAAGAAGCAGAAUGCAAUAAGGCUUCACAUACCACUCAUCCUAGCAACCAUGUAGAAGGUCACAAGAUUCCUGCCACCACACCAAUCUUUCAAGGUUUGUACCCUGGAACAUUUGUGUCUCAAGUUCAAGACAUGUGUACAGGUUUGGGUACUCGUUUUCCUGCUAGUUAUGCUCAUUCUCUGCAGUACUUAAAAAACCAGACCAUGUUUUCUCCAUUAAUGCAGCCAUUGGCUAUUCAUUCCUUUAUGAUGCAAAGACAAUUUCUUACUUCAUCCGGUAACUCUCCCCAGUUUUAUAGGCACUUGACUGCAACUCCACCCGUAGGAGCUUCAUACGGGGACAUUUUGCACAAUACCAUUUAUCCACUGGCUGCUAUAAAUCCCCAGACUAGUUUUACUCCCUCUCAGUUGUCUUCUGUACAUCCGAGCACAAAACUGUAGAAAUGUAUUCAGAAAGACAGAAGAUGCAGAUACCUACUUACAUUCCUUCACACAUGAUAGGUCUAACACAAAGGUAAUCCAUACUUCUGAACGUUCUGAAAAUGUUUGAGAAAUGCCAAGAAAAAAUAUAUUAUUGCUAUGUGACAGAACUGUUUUAUAAUCUUGUUCAAUAAGGUACAUAUUUUUCGUUGUCUUUGCACAAUAACUGUGUUAUGGAUUUACCUUUUAAACCUUCAAGGCCCCAAGGAGUUGAAAUUCAUCUCUGAUCAAUUCCGAGAAAUGAAAGAAAUGGAAGAAAAAAAUAUUAAUACAACCAAUAGUUUAGUAUCAAAGUUUAUUCAUGAUGUAAUUAAUUCAGUAUUUCUAAUAGCAAGUGGAUUUACAUACAUUGGUAAAAUAGUCAAUGCAAUGUACAGUGAGAAUUCAAUACUGUUUUUGAUUUACAUUUCAACACUAUAAACUGCAAAAUAAACACUGUUAUAGUGACUGUACAUAUUCCCUUUUACAUGUAUGCGUAUUUAUAAUUUACUGUAUUUUUUGUUUAUUAAUAUCUGGUGUACUGUAGUAUUCAUAUUUAGUUGUUGCAAUUGUAAACUGCCCCGAUUAUGUAUAUAUUUGCAAAGUUUGUCAUUGUGUACAAGUAUAGCAGACUGAAAUAUCAUUGUUUACAGAAUUCAAGGCAGUUCAAUUUAAUUAAUUUCUUGAAAAUGUACACUUUUCAUCAUGUUUAGUUAUUAAUAUGCAAGUAAAAUUCCUGGUUCUGUUUGCAAAUUUCGUCAAUGAGAAAAAGAGCUUCAGGUCUGUUUUUGCAGGAAAUGGAAAAUAUUUCUGAUGCUGGCAACCAUGCCUUAUUUUUCAUGACAAAAUCAUUUAAGAAUGAAUAACUCCAUUGUAGUCAUCAUCUGAAGUAGAUUAAUAAUCUUUAAAAGAACCAAAUAUAUUCUUGCCAAUGUCAUGUGAUACUGAUGUCACAGACUGUUUAUUUAAGUCUGGGUUCAAUCGCAACAGCACAUGUAAUUAAGUGAAGAGACUGCCACAGCAAUAUGUUAAUACUGAAAUGGCAGAAAAAUAAUUUUGCAGACAGUUGCAUGAACUUUGUUUGCAUAUUCAGAGUUUUGUAAUAAAAGUAACUGCAUGUUUUUUUUUUUUCUACUUCCCCAGAAAUGUUGCUGAGGUAGUUAAAGAAAGGAAACCAUGGAACAUAAUUGGCAAUAUAGUCAUAAAGUAUUAGCUAAGAACCAUUUCCAAGAAAUGUUGUAAUGCAGAGUGUAGGACCUUUAUGAUUCAUUAUUGAACUUAAAGGCAGUGAAUACAAAUUGACAUUAUUCAUAACAGCUUUUUGGAAAUGAUUUCUAGCAUUACAUAAUCAAGAGAUAGAAAAGGUAAACCAACUGUGACAGCUGGUUUUCUUAAGUAGUUUAUGAAAAUGUUUCCAAUUAGUGUUCAGUUUUCUGGGUUUUUUUUUUUCUUUCUUUCUUAUUUUUUUUUUAUUUUUUAUUUUUUUUUGUAAAAUGAGACAGAUUGCAGUUAGUGUUUGUGUAGGCUGAAAAAAGUUCCCAUGUUUAAGGCAAACAUUAAAUUUGUCACUGAACUAUUUCAGUAAUCAUUUGCCUGCUAAGUUUGGGAUGCUCACAUUCUUUUCUGGGCUUCUAUGUACUGUCACUGUGGUCUACUGAAAUGUGUUAUUAGUUGGUCCUUUAAUUGUACUUUGCCACAUAUUUUAAAUGCAUAUGCUGUGCCAUGUGCCUUCCUAUUGAACAUUGUGUUUAGUGUUCUAAUGUUGUGCAAAACUGAAUAUAUGUAAAGCUCACAUCUGACCUGGUUUUAUAGUCAUUGUAACUGUAUUGAGCAUGGGAAAUAUCAGUGCACAUCAGCUGUGAGAAACCCCAUGACUAUAAUAAUUCUUUGAGCACUUAUGAGUCUGUUGUGCUGUAAAUGUAGUAAAUGCUGUCCUGGUUCCACAUUGGUAAAAAAUAUCAUUUCUAAAAUAGGCAGUGUAGCCUGCCAGCUGUUCAUACUUCUUGAAUUUUUGUAAAUAUUGUAUACUUUUUGUGAUUCAAGUUAUCAUGCCUUUGUUCUCUAUCAGGUGAUUAUUUGUAUAUAGCAAAAUGGCCCAGUAACACUAUAUAGUUACUUCCUGCUGCAAAGGUUAUUGAGUAAUCCUUGCAUUAGUUUAAACACUACCAUAAAUAAUGCUGAGCCAAGUAUAAACACAGUUUUUGUAUGUUUCCAAAUUGUACUUCUUAAAAUGCUUUUGAUACUGUACUAUGUGCCAAUAGUUUCCCAAUCACAUAGCUGGCAAAUAUUUUGUAUUUUUUGAUUCACUGUAAUAUUUAAUAAAAAGCUUUAAUAUCCCAA